CCCAAACACCUACAAAGGACCCUCUUGGACCAGAGCCCACUGAGCCACCAGAGAAAUGGCCUCUGAGACCUUGAGUGCAGGAGACUCAGACACAGCCCUGGCCUGCUAAUCAGUCCCAGACUUGGGACAGGGCCUGGGGGUUUUCAGAUGUGCCAGGACCUUUAAAAGGCACUUUCCACUCCCCCUCCCACCUCUCAGAUAUAGUCCAGAGAAGAGGAGCCAGCAGUCAUGAGCGAGAGGGGCACAGAAGACCUGCAGGAACCCUUCCCCAAUCUGCUGGCAGCUGGUCCUGCCCCAUCCUCGCCCCCUUCCUUUCUCAAGUUUUGAUCAUCUUCUCUGGUCAUCCCUGGGAGACCUCAGCUGGAUAUACUGUCUCCUAGGCUCCCAAGGGGACUUCCUGUGGAGCUCACCCAGGGAGACCUUGGGUGCUUAGUGUCUCCUGGGAAAGGCUUGAGCAAUGGUACCACGUGUUUCCAAGCCCCACCUUCCAGGGCUCUGGCCCUUGAUGCAGCUGCCUUUCUGAGCCACUGACUCUUGAUUCCAUGGACUCAGCCUCGGCCCCCAUGGGCUCCCUUCAGCACCGCGGUUGCCAGCAGCCUGAGAUGGGGGACACCUGGUUCCAGCUGCCCUGGCCUGGACCCCCUAACCCAGCCACGCUAUUCAUUUCCCUUCUGCUGGUGGCUGGGGCGAUGCCCUCAGAGGCGGGCACCAGCUGCCCGGUCCUUUGCACAUGCCAUAAUCAGGUGGUGGACUGCAGCAGCCAGCGGCUCUUCUCCGUGCCCCCAGACCUGCCCAGGGACACCCGCAACCUCAGCCUGGCCCACAACCGCAUCUCCACAGUGCCACCCGGCUACCUCACGUGCUACAUGGAGCUCCGAGUGCUGGAUUUGCGCAACAACUCCUUGGUAGAGCUGCCUCCGGGCCUCUUCCUCCACGCCAAGCGCCUGGCACACCUGGACCUGAGCUACAACAACCUCAGCCACGUGCCGGCCGACAUGUUCCAGGCGGCCCACAGCCUCGUGCACAUUGACCUCAGCCACAACCCAUGGCUGCGUCGGGUUCACCCGCACGCCUUCCAGGGCCUGGCGCAGCUCCGGGAUCUGGACCUCAGCUACGGCGGCCUGGCCUUCCUCAGCCUCGAGGCCCUCGAGGGCCUGCCGGGGCUGGUGACCCUGCAGAUCGGUGGCAACCCCUGGGUGUGUGGCUGCACCAUGGAGCCCCUGCUGAAGUGGCUGCGGAACCGUAUCCAGCGCUGCACAGCGGAUUCUCAGCUGGCUGAGUGCCGGGGGCCCCCCGAAGUCGAGGGCGCCCCACUCUUCUCCCUCACUGAGGAGAGCUUCAAAGCCUGCCACCUGACCCUGACCCUGGACGAUUACCUCUUCAUCGCGUUCGUGGGUUUCGUGGUCUCCAUCGCAUCCGUGGCCACCAAUUUCCUCCUGGGCAUCACAGCCAACUGCUGCCACCGCUGGAGCAAGGCCAGUGAAGAGGAAGAGAUUUGA